UCGUUUUUCCCCGUUCACGCCGGUAUGGAGGGCGGAUGGGCCCGGAUGGUCCGCGGUGGAAGCGGGGGGAAGCCGAUUUUUUUGCUAUCGGUCAGAAUCGUUUUUUGCUAGCUGAGCAAAUUAUUGGUUAUUUUUCUUCUUUGUACGUGGUGGUCAUUGACCAGAAGCGAAAAUCCUCGACGGAAGUCGGCAAUGGGCGAAUGAUCCUAGCAAUCUAGCCCAACAUUUUUUUGUGAAACGCAUAAAUGAAUUGAAUUGAAUUGAAUUCAUAACCAAUAACAUGUUAUUAGGUCAUGUUAAAAGUAAUCAGAAAAUUUGGCAAACACAAAACCCUUGUCGAAAAUUGUAGAUGCUUCUCCAAGAAAACACCGGGAGAGCAGAAUGAGCAAACCGAAGAGAAGACAUUGACUUCCAAAAAAAAGUAUGGUGUUAAUCCCGUUACUAAAGACGAUCUUCAAUGGCGAACGCCAUGGCACGAGAAAGAAGGGGCACAACUGACUAUGCUAAGGGCAAUCUAUAGCGAACAUAACAAUAGGGAAAUAAUGCAAACAUUGCAACAGCCUAUCAAUUUAUCACCAAGCGCUAUUAAGAAAUGGUGGAUGGAAAAAAAAGAUUAUAGUGGCAGAUUUAUGCAGCAGUAUAUACCAGAGAGGCAUAGAAUUUUGGGCACUGAGUUAGCCGCUGCACAUUUUCUUCUGUAUAGAGGUGGAGCAGUGAAAUUCCAUGGACAAAAAGAAUGGCUGAAAGGAGAUGAUAAUGAAUACUUCAACCUACCCAGGCACUAUACAGAUAAUAUGUAUCUGGAAGGGAUCGACUGUGAAGAUGUCAACUUGUAUUAUGAAGGGCUGGUCAAUUUUCGAGGCCUUAAAAAAUUGCAAUGGUUGAGCCUUAAUGGGUGCAAAGAUAUGGAUGAUUUCUGUAUGGAUAUCAUUAGUAAUAUUUUUUCCCACAGUCUGUUGUAUCUCGAUUUGCGGAAUUGCUUAAAUAUUUCUGAAAGGGGUAUUGGAGCAUUAUAUAAAAUGAGAAGUUUAAAGAUAUUGUAUUUGGAUGAUUUGCUGAAAGAUACUCGGUAUGAAUUAACUUGUCUGUUACUACAGGAGGCUAAUCCUGCUUUAGAUAUUCGAAGUGAUGUUAUUAAUUUUGAAAUAAAAUAAAUUUUGGACUUGUAUUAUUCUUGGAGUAUUUUUGAAUAUAGUUAGUUGUAAUUAAAUUAA